ACAUGCCUGGCUUUUUAAAAAACAAACAAACAAACAAAAACGUUUUUUUGGGCACUGAACUCAAGUGUUCACCACAGUGAUCUGUCCACCCCAGUUCUCAAAAACUGGGAUUACAGGCACGAACCACCACAACUAUAGCUGCUCCUUUUUCUAUUUUUGCAUUUAUUCCAUAAACCGAGCACGAGGCAAAGUGUCAAUGUCUUAUCAAUGAUCUACAGUCAUCCUUACUGUCAAGGAAGCCCGUGUCUGACGGGGGAGGUCAGGAAGCCGCUUAAAGGUUUCCUAAGCAGACAGUACCAACAGAACUUUUGAAAAUGAAACACUGGCUUAGGAAGAGAAAGCAAGAAGACAAAGACAUCUUGAACGGAAGGGCCCCAGUGAAUGACCCAGAGCAGGAGCAGAUGCAGACGGUUCACUUUUGGACCUGGUGGCUUAGAUGAAAGUGAUCGCCUUUCAUACGAUUACUAUGAGAGUGUUUCCCAAGGGCAGACACGCUGGCUGGUGGAAGAGCAGGAACUAUGGAAUGCUGGUCUUAAGGGCACUUAGGCUAGGGGAGCCACAUGCAAGUGGUCCCGCUAGGUUUUGCAGGCCACGAGGGAGGGAUAAGGUCACAUGCAGGGUUGGGUGGGGCAAGAUGAACCGAUGGAGCCAGAACAAGGCUCCACCAUCCCUCACUCCCCAGCCCCUGCAGUUCCACAAGUGAUGGAUCUAAGAGAGUUCUCUCUUCUAUCCAAAGGGAAAUUCAACUCUGAUGGGUAAAGUUGAGCCUAGCAACGUCUCCAGGCUGUUUGAUGGAGUAGGUGGAAAGGUGUGGGGGUGGAGACUGGGCGGGGCUAACCCUGUGGGCUAACGGAAAGGAAGUGGGAGAGGCUUGGUGUCUCCAGUGGAGGAGAGCGGUCAUCAGAGAGGUCACUUGUGGCACCCUUCUUUUGCCCCUCUUUGCCUCCCGUCCAGAAUUCUUCGUCUAUUUCCCAACCAGGAUAAGAGUUUGCCAUCCUGGCACUACAUACGGAAUGUCAAGGCGUUUCGAUGUAUGCUCUAGUGGGGAGCCUGGGUUCUUUCCUGGCUCUGGUAGUUGAGUCAGCCUGCUUGUCAUUAUGCACACAUUGAAAACACAUCACGAGUUCAGGCACCCGAAGGGCAAAAGACCUGGUAGCUGGGCAGGUGCAAAGGCCAAUAGGUUCCAGGUGGAAAGAGCAGAGAAGGCUGUCAGGAGGAGCCUGGAGAUCAGGGCUUUGGGAGUUGGCCCCAGGUGAUCAUGCUAGAAGCAGCCUGGGCCUCUGGUCAUGGAGGAGUAGAUACUGGGGAAACAGCAGGCAGCUGUCAUGCCUUGCUGGCUGAGGAGGCACUGGGGAAAGACUCUGUGUGGGCUUCAGCAGACCGACCGCGACUUCCUGGAAUAUGGGGGAUGAGCCAGCCAUAGGCGAUGAGGAAGGUUCUGCUGGCCCCUCCCCCAGCCAGGGCUCUCUCCUCACAAGUUCCCAGGGUGUUAGCUCAGUCCUGAAACUGAAAGCAAAGCGAAGCCAAGAACAUCAACCCACAGGCAGCACAGCGCUGAGGCCACCCUGUGGUGGGCAGUGGGGGCAGGGUUGCUAAUGAGCAUGCAAGGCAUAUGACCUACCAGCCCUGACACCCCUCCCCGAAACCCCAAGUGAGACGUUUCUUCCUCUGUAGACUGUUGCUUGAGUCAGCUGGUCCUCGCUUCUAAGGUUGUUCUUGUGGUUGGCACAGCCCAGCAUGCAGUCUUGAGCCGGGCAUAGGCCACACCCACUCCAACUCUGGAGAGCCUCCUCGAAGGCUCAGAGAAGACACUAGAUUGAUCCUAACAUACCUGUUCAACAACCAAGCACCGCAGCUCCAGGGAGCCCGCGGGGAGUCUCAUUGUCAGCUCUGGCAGAAGCCAGUAUGGCUAUUGCUCUACAGUCCAGUGAUCUGGUCUUCGAGUUUGCAAGCAACGGGAUGGAUGAUAUCCACCAGCUGGAAGACCCUUCAGUGUUCCCAGCUGUGAUCGUGGAACAGGUGCCCUAUCCUGAAUUAGUGCAUCUGUGCUCAGGACUGGAUCUGGAUGAAGUCCACAAUGGCAUCAUAAGGGACAGGACCUUGUGCAUGACACAGGAUCAGAUUUUAGAAGGCAGUAUUUUGCUGACAGACGACAAUGUGUCCACCUCAAAUAACGUGUCAUCCACUGAAGUCCUCUUCAAUGUGGCAACUCCCAACGAUGUCCUGGAUGAGAAGCAGAUCUUCAGCACACCAGAAGUGCUUCCAGACUCCAACUCUGUUCAGGCCAUCAAUCUACCCAACUUCCUGCUUUCUGCCCCGGAUGAUGACCCGAAGAAGAUAAGUGAUGCUGGUGACCAGAAGGAGCAUUCUCAGGAGGAGAGGGUCUCCAGAGAGGAAAGUCUCAGGAAGAUUGGAAAGUCACGGAAGAGAAACCGAAAGGCCAAGAACAACCGAAGUACCUCACCCGUCACUGACCCCAGCGUCCCUAUACGGAAGAAAUCCAAGGAUGGCAAAGGCAGCACCAUUUAUCUGUGGGAGUUCCUCCUGGCCCUUCUGCAAGACAGAAACACCUGCCCCAAGUACAUCAAGUGGACGCAGCGAGAGAAGGGCAUCUUCAAGUUGGUGGACUCCAAGGCGGUGUCCAAGCUGUGGGGCAAGCAGAAAAACAAACCUGACAUGAACUAUGAGACCAUGGGGCGGGCCCUAAGAUAUUACUAUCAAAGAGGAAUCCUGGCCAAAGUGGAAGGGCAGAGGCUGGUAUACCAGUUCAAGGAGAUGCCUAAGGACUUGGUGGUGAUUGAUGAUGAAGAAGAGAGCCCCGAGACAUCAGAAGACUCUCCCCAGGCCUCUACUUCCUCCACACCCUCUACCAGUACCAUCCGGAGAGCCAGCUCCAGGGUGGUAACCAGAGCCUCCCCGGAGGGCAAAGAUAGCUCUUCCUGGGAGAAGCCAAAGGUUCAAUACACCGGUCUCCAGCCAUCUGCAAGCCUGGAGUUAGGAUUGUCUGUGGAUGAGGAGGUCCCCACUACCUCCACCAUGCUUGCUACUCCGCUACAGAGCCAGGCUAAGCUCACCAAAACUGUGAGUACUUCUUCAGCGCCCAGUAACAUCCACCUAGGAGUGUCCCCUGUGGGAACCAGUUCCACUGUCACCCUGCAGACCAUCCCGCUGACUACGGUGCUGACCAAUGGCCCUCCUGCCAGUACUACUGCUCCAACUCAACUCGUUCUCCAGAGUGUCCCACAGGUGUCAACGUUCAAGGACACCUUUACUUUGCAGACCUCCUUCCCCCUGAACAACAAUUUGCAAGAGAACCAGGUGGCAACCCAGGGGGCCCCAUUGAUCCUCAGUGGCCUCCCCCAACUUCUGGCCGGGGCCAACCAUCAGAGCAAUCCAGCGCCAUCCCAGGUCAUAGGUGCUGCUGGGUCAGCAGGGCCUAGGUCUCAGCCCCCUGGGACUGUCAUCGCUGCCUUUAUCAGGACUUCUAGUGGCGUGUCAGUGCCUGUGGUAAAGGAGGGGCCCUUGAGGUCCCCUUCAAUUGUGCAGGGUGUGGUUACUGGGGCACCCGUGGAGGGGCUGUUGGUUCCUGAAGAGACCCUGAGAGAGCUCCUGAGAGAUCAGGCUCAUCUGCAGCCACUUCAGAGUCAGGCGCUCUCAAGGGGUUCCCAUAACCUGAGCCUUGUGGGGAACCAGACUCUAUCACCCCCUAGCAACCCCACUGUUGGGCUAACCCCAGUGGCCGAGCUUGAGCUGUCAUCGGGCUCAGGGCCCCUGUUUGCAACUGAGCCUAGUGUGACCACAUCUGGUAGCCUGCUGACCAGAUCCCCGACCCAGGCCCCUUUCUCUCCAUUCAAUCCCACUUCCCUCAUUAAGAUGGAGCCCCAUGACAUUUAAACAAAGGGAUCGAAAGUAUGACCCACUGGGUAAAAAAUUGUGAAGCAUUUUCAUGUGGACUUAAGUAGAAGACCCACCCUUCCGUCUAGUAGGGUGUGAGAAAAUUUGAUUCCAAGUUCCCCAGGCCUAUUUGGCAUCGCUAUGACCAAAGUACGCUCGGCUCAAGCAUCUCUGGCAUCAGACCAUGGCCUUCAAGAGCACUAGGGAGUAGAUACGCUCUUGGAAGGAUAAUGAGCUGACUUGGUGAUGGAGGGAAAUUCACAGCCAGGAAGUAGCUUGUGGCCAGAGCUGGUCAGGGGCUUUGCAAGAGUUAGGCCUGGUCAUACUUUGUUAUCUAUAUUCCUUACACAGGGAACUUACCAUCCAAUAUGUGAAUAUCUUCGUAUGCAUUUGUGUGCCUGUAUCUUCAUUUCUUUGGGGAGGAUGGGAUGUAGAUGUCAGGUCUUUUCUCCGUGUGUUUGUGUAUGUGUAUGUGUGUGUGUGUGUCUGUGUCCAUCCAUUCCUAGGUCAGCCACAGAGAUGAGGCAGUUUUAAGAGGAAGCACUCUGUAAUGUUUUUUUUUUUUUUUUAAUUUGCAAGCAACAAUGCCAUUCUGAGACUGGAAGGUACUGGUUGAGUGCCCCUCCUCCCAGUCUAGAGAGAUGUCACAGAGCUGGACUAGGUCUAGGCAGGAGAGUUUCAAUGGGUGCACAUGCUGAGAGAGCACUGCUGAGGGACAAGAGGCCAUGUAUGUUAAAAUCACAGUGGGAGGGAAAAGGAAUACACCUGUCCUGGGAGCGCUUGCUUGUCAUAGUCACCUUACCAUCAGGCUGGAACCUGGAGUACUCUGUUGAAGGUUGUGAGGCAGAGCCACUUAACUAUAGGCAGCCCCAAUUAUAAAGUCCCUAGCCAGGCGUGAGUGGAUUAAAUGGUUGUGGCCAGGGCUUUUGGCUGUUUGUAUAAAACCAGCCCUGUGCUUGACAAUAAUAGCCCUUUGUGAUCCGUUGCUCUUCCUUCCCUAUCUUGGGUUCCCUCUUCAUUCUGUCUGCCCUGAGAAAUUCCACCUGGCAUCAGUUGCCAAGGCUCGUGGGGCGGCAAGACCAGCUCCAGCCAUACAAUCUCGCUCUCUCACCCACCCUCUCCCUCUCCCAGUGGCUCUCUGAAAGACUUCAGGAGGACCGUUGCUUUUCCUCUCAGGCCGUCACACCUAGCCCAAUUCUUGCUUCACCAAGAAGACAGGAGCGAGCACACAUGGGUUCCUACAGCACCUGUCAGCCCAUGACUUGGCUUCUCUCUUUUCUGUUUCUGGAAAGAGUUCUCCUGGUCUCUCUUAGUCUCUCAGCGGAAGGUCGCCAUCUCCCUUCCUUGAAUCUGCUUGCCUCUUUCCUACCAGGUUUAGGGGGCAGUGUGUAGAGAUGUCAAGCCUAGAAGCAAGUCUAGCCUCUGGUGACUUUGGUUAAUGUGAAUCAGCGCUCCAGGACCUUUGCUAUGUCCUCUAUGCCUAAACACCCACUUGACCUAACUACCUCCCUGGCUGGUCAUCGUUCCUUCCCUGGGGGAAGGAACCGUCUGCGGCUCCAUGCAGAUGCGUUUGCUACAUUCCCAGCAAUGUAGGCGCUGAAAUGUCUGUUCUAAUAAGAUUGGCUUAUGAUGACAAUCUCUUGAUGUCUGGAAGGAAGCAUCUCGAGAAGAGGUCACCAUGGUUGCCGUUAGUGUUAGUGUUGCUGUUCUUGUUGUAUUUGGGUUUUAGGUUUUUUUUGGGUUUUGAACUUGCUGUUGGUGAAGGUGACCUUGAACCCGCCCCUUGUUCUUAGGCGUGUAUCCCCAUGUGGUUCUGUGGACCAAAGCCAGGACUCUGUGCAGGCGCUACAAGUACUCCCAGCAACUGUGCUACCUUCCAAGCUCAGUCAGUUUUAAUGAGCACAAAGGGACAGCGUUGAGUUGGGGCAGCCCUGCAUCAGCCUGGAACCUAAUACCUGCAUUACACCUCCUAACUCCAAGGAAAUUCCUUCUCCUAAGCCUGUCAAGACUUUCAUAGUCAAAUCGUCCUCUCUAUGGUUCUAGGGCCUUGUUAUCCCACACUUGCUGAGCCCUUCUACACCACUGUGCUUUCUCUUUGUGUGUGGGUAUUCUCCCAGGGUCCCGCUUUUGUCGUGAGCCAGUUCUUUAAGAUGAGUUCAAUCCAGAACCUGCUUCUCUAAGUUCCUGGCUCACGACUCUGGUGAUCUGUGUCUGUUAAUGAUGCCACCGUUUUCCUGACCUAGACUGGAAAUCUCAGAGCUGUCUGGUAGGCUAUGUGCAUUUGACCCUGCCCCUCUCCCUCAUCUCCUGUUAUCUGGCCUGUCUUCAUUCCUAGAGCCUCCAGCCUCGAUCAAUGCCCUUCCCAAUAUAUAUCAGCAAGCACCCUGUCCAAAUGUGACUCUUAGCACUUCUCAUCUGGCAGGCUACUUGCUCUGGCCUCUCUGCUAAAAAGCCUUCAGUGAGUCCUGGCCUGCACAUAGGGCCAAUACUUAAACCCACUCAUCCCCCAGGCUUUUCUAGCCGGCCUAGGUCUGGCAUUAACCCUUUAGUCCCCGAAUCGUGACAGGGCCCAAGGAACUGGGGAGCACUUGGAGAGAAAUUCUCAAAAGAUUUGAAGUUUGAUAUCAGCCCCACCAGGGAAAAGAGCUCCAAGUGGGUGGAAUAUCUCUGAUAUUCCCCACCCACCCCAUGCCAAGGUACUCCGCAAGGAUUCCAUGGUCUUUGAACUUGUUCCCACCUAUGUCUUUCCUUUCCUGGGUUCCAUUUAACGGACAUGCUCUUGUCCUCUUACUAACAGCGAAGAAUUGUGUCUCAAGAUGUCAUUCAGUGGGAACAGCCAGUUCCUACCUUUAAUUCUGAAACUUGUAACCGUCACUUGAUGGACAGGUGAUUAGAAACAGCCUGUGACAUCUCUUGUCGUAAUCACAAACUGUUACUUAGACUGUAAGUUUAGAUUUGUACCUUUCAUCUCCCAUGUGUGUUGCCUCCUGAUGGGGUAGGCACCCCCAUGCCAUCCACAACACUGGGCAUACUAUACCACCUACAACACUGGGCAUACUAUAAAGCGGCUGAGCAUCACUGCCUAGUUACUGGUUGAUCUGAUGAGAGCUGGGUACCAAACUUUGAGGUAGCUGACUGCCCUCCUCCCCUCUCCUCAGGCUUCACUCCAGGUGCUUCAGUGCCCAGGGCCUGCCCUUCCUGGCCCAGUGCCCCCAGGGUGAACAUCACCUCACCCCCUGUCUGAACAUCCAAGAUUCAUAGUACUUUCAGCAUCCUCUGAGCCUAAAGACACUUUCCUGCUCAGUUUCUUCCCUACAUAGAGUGUUAAACUAGCUAAGCGGUUAACUAACCCUUGCUGACAAUCGUUCUUGAAGAGGCUUUCAGGAGAACCUCAGGAGACAGAUUGACUUUAAGCAGAGUCAGGUGGCAGCAAUCCCCCUGCUUUUGUGAUAGCCUGCCUAAAGGAGUCAGGAGUCAAGUGAUGGUCCUCACGUCCCAGCGGCUGAUAUGUGAUUCCCUCCUUCUGGCUCCCACAGCACUUUGUAUAUACCUCUUCUUAUAGCACAUUGUACUUAGUUCUUGGAUUGUGUUCAUGUAUGUUUCCCCUCCAAUAGACUGUGGGCUCCUCAAGGACAGGAGCUGUGUGCUAGCCAGUGAUGUAUCCCCAGCACCUAGCCACAGUGCCUGAUACACAGUAGGUGCUCAAUAAAUGUUUAUUGAAAGGCU